AUGAAAAUUCUGCGAAAGCAUCGUUCACUUGUGCUGAGUGGUCUGCGUGCUAAGCGAAUUGCUGAGUUCAAAAUGUCGCUACCAAGUGCUUCUUCUAUGAACCCAUUCACCGAUUAUAAGCUGGUGACGAGUUUUAAAGAUUUGAAGAAAGGACCCAACAGCCGUGUUGCUGUAGUAGGAAAAAUUGUAUCGACUGUGCCUCAUGAGGAAAUCGUGCCAAUAACUUCAAUAAUGAUGGACGUAGAAGGUGACUGCAUCGCUGUUUCUGUCUAUAAUUGCGCUCCAUCUUUGACAUUCUCAAUUGGGGACACAGUGAUUGUUGCCGAUCCGCACGUUACUGAAGUAGAGGUAGUGAAAUUUGUUUUCUCUCUGAUACGAUUCAUAAAGGAUUUUCUUGCAGAACUUGGAUCUUCCGAGCCUAUCCAAUGUGUCGUUCCGAUCCGUGCGUGUACCAAAUCCAUCGAAGAUCUCUCGCAACGGCAGCCUUCCGAAAUCUACGCAACUGGCUCCAUCACAUUUGAAGAUCUCCGCAUUAUAGCUCAUAAAAAAAGUAAAUUCGAUAAUAUUAACGUGCAUUUGGAGGUCCGUGCCUUAUCUGGUUGUGCCAGCAGUGAAAUAGCCUCACUGGUACCAGUGAAGAGUAAUAGAGAGCUUCGUACAUUAUGUUUCAUUUUUGAACUCGAAUUUUGUAUCAGUGUCGGCAGCCAGGUCACUCCACAGGUAUCGUACGCCCAGGCUCUUUCAAUGACGUCGCGGUCACAUUUAAUAAUUGUCCCUGCGGAAAUACUGGAUCUGAAGAAAAAACCUACACUUUUAGCUAAAAUAAUGGGUAUAAAUGACAGAGACACCACAAGAACGUGUCGAACUCCUCGUCGCACAUCGAAUAACCGUUGUGCGACACUGAUCGUGGAUCGCCCAAACCAGCAGAGCGAACGACAGCUGGCGAUCCACUCGAACCGUGUCGCGAAAGGGACCACAGAUCCACACGGGCGACUGUGGUCCAAGACGUGCGACGGGAGCGACGGAAUGGAGCGGCCACCGCAGAUGAGUGUUCAGUCCGUGUCUGUCUGUGUAAAGUGUUUGUCCAUGUCUUUGCAUGCCACGUCCUUUGCCUGUGUUUGUCCACGUCAGUCCAUGUCCUUCCCUUUGUACGUGCCCGUCCGCCCCGUCUGA